CCAUCCCGACUUUUCACUAAUAGAAAGACUGGCUUGAACCCAGUUCAAUAUUUUAUAACUGGCUCCCGUUCAAUAUCACAGGUCGACGUUCAAUAACUCCAAUCCGCGCCCGUAUUCAAUAAGCGCUCAUCGUGUUCAACCGCUCCGCUCCGUGUUUUGCGUCCUCCGCUCCCCCUCCUUCCCGCUGGAUCCCAGCCCCUCGCGCUCUAUCUCUAUCACUCCACUCCGUCUCAAUAUGUCUCAAGAUGGCGGCCAAUGCGGGAUCGAUGUUUCAAUAUUGGAAGCGCUUUGAUUUACAGCGGUUGCAGAAAGAUCUGGAUGCUACGGCUGCGGUGUUGGCCAACCGACAGGAUGAGAGCGAGCAGGCCAGGAAACAGCUCAUCGAUCAGAGCCGGGAGUUCAAGAAGACCACACCAGAGGACCUUCGGAAGCAGGUAGCUCCACUGCUCAAAGGCUUUCAGGCAGAGAUCGACGCUGUCAAUCAGAGGAGCAAGGAGUCAGAAGCUGCCUUCCUACACGUCUACAAGAAACUAAUUGAUGCUCCAGACCCGAUGCCGGUGCUGGAGGCGUCCCAGCAGCUGCAGCUCUCAGCCCAGAGGAUGCAGGAGGUGGAGACGGAGAACCAGAGGCUCCGGGCGGCCCUGGAGGGCUACCAGCAGGACCGGGCCCAGCUCCACCGCUACGAGAUGACAAUUAAAGCACUUAACCAGCAGAUAGAAGGGUACGAGAAGAGCUCCCGGCAGACCACGCAGCCGGGGGGAGGGCACCAGCGGCUGGAAGGAGAGGCCCUGGAGAGAGAGGGCCUGGAGAGAGAGGCCCUGGAGACAGAGGCCCUGGAGGGAGAGGCCCUGGAGAGAGAGAGAGAGGCCAUGGAGGGAGAGGCCAUGGAGAAAGAGGCCCUGGAGGGAGAGCGCCUGGAGGGAGAGGCCCUGGAGGGAGAGCGCCUGGAGAGAGAGGCCCUGGAGAGAGAGGGCCUGGAGAAAGAGGCCCUGGAGAAAGAGGGCCUGGAGGGAGAGGCCCUGGAGGGAGAGGGCCUGGAGGGAGAGGCCCUGGAGACAGAGGCCGAGGCCCUGGAGGGAGAGGGCCUGGAGGGAGAGGCCCUGGAGACAGAGGCCGAGGCCCUGGAGGGAGAGUCAAAGACAGGCACGUUCAGGGACGAAGAGGAGAAGCGAGAGCGAGUUUGCGCUGAUACUGAGGACGAGAGUGAGCAUAAAGAGAGAGGGCACCCUACACCUUCGGGCCGGGAGGGGGCUGACGUCAGCGGCCGACACCAACACACAGCACUUGAAGUGAAGCAGACGGAGGACCUGAACAGCAAGUCUGACAAAGAGUCGACUACAAAGGCAGACCACAUGAAGGAGGUGAUGUCAGAGCUGGAGGUAGCCAAUCAGAGAGCGGACGCUGCGGAGCAGGAGGCCGCCGCGCUACGGGACCAGCUGACGUCGGCCCACCAGUCCCUGCAGCUGGCCACGCAGGUCCAGAAGGCUCCGGAUAUGGAGCGGGCCCUGGAGGUGCUGUCGCGCUCCAACUUGGAGGUGGAGCUCAGCACCAAGGAGCGCCAGGUGCUGCAGCUGACGGAGGACGUGCAGACGCUGCACAGCAGCCUGGGCCGCGUCAGGGAGACCUCCGCCGAGCAGAUCGGCCAGCUGAGGCGAGAGCUGGAGACCCGCAAGGCCGCGCUCAAGCGACUGGAGGAGAAGCUUGGCGAACAAGCAGACUACGAGAACAUCAAGAAAGACCUCCGUUCUCGCAAGUCCACCGAGUCUGGAACGUCAAACUGUUUGUCAGCUCAGGACUUCAAGCCCAUGGACAUGUUAUUACAGGAGAGGAGUCAAUACGUAAAGAUAGAGAAGUCCUCUCUGAACCACAACAAUAGUGAUUUGAGUGCUGCGUCAGGGCAGAGAGUGACGGAGGCGCUGCAGCAUCUCCUCUCCAGCCCCAUGAUGAACCACCAGAGCCGACAGGACUCCCCCCCUCCUCCUCCGCCUUCCUCCCAGCUGCUCGUGCGCACCAGCAGCUCCUCCGCCAAGUCCUCCAACGAGGAGCCCCACAGAGCCGCCAACGGCACCCACCGCUUCUCCCCGACGGGCGUGGGGAUCGUCGGGGGCCAGGACUUCUUCACCCCGUCCUCCGUGGCGUCGGUCGGCAGCGCGGCCUUCCCGCUGUCCGGGAAGAUCGCCCUCAACUCCCUGCUCCACCGGCAGCUCAUGCAGACCUUCUACUCCAAAGCGCUGCAGGACUCGGUGUCCUCCCCCGGCGGCGGCGGGCUGCUCUUCUCCCCCGCCGCCCACUACCAGCCCCCGCCCGGGCCCCACCCCGCGGCGCAGGCCCACGGCCAGCCGCCGCCGCCGCCAGCCUCCGCCACGGCCAGCCCCGACGCCAACGGCCCGGUGCCGUCCCCCAGCCAGUCGGAGGGGGCCGGGAGCGCCUCGGAGGGGGAGGACAUGGACACGGCGGAGAUCGCGCGGCAGGUGAAGGAGCAGCUGAUCAAGCACAACAUCGGCCAGAGGAUCUUCGGCCACUACGUGCUGGGCCUGUCCCAGGGCUCCGUCAGCGAGAUCCUGGCCCGGCCCAAGCCCUGGAGCAAGCUCACCAUCCGGGGAAAGGAGCCCUUCCACAAGAUGAGGCAGUUCCUGGCCGACGAGCAGAACAUCCUGGCCCUGCGCAGCAUCCAGGGGCGGCAGAGAGAGCACCCAGGCCAGAACCUAAACCGAGUGUUUCAGGAGGUUCCCAAGCGAAGGACCGGCUCUGAGGGCUCCGCCAGGCCAGGCAACAUCACCACCCGCAUCCGCACCCCCGAGACGGGCUCAGACGAAGCCAUCAGGUCCAUCCUAGAGCAGGCCAAGAGGGAGCUCCAGGUCCAGAAGUCUGCGGACUGCCUGCAGUCUCCCUCCCCCGGGGGCGGUGGCGCCGAGGGCUCCGACGACGCCAUCACCAGCAUCCUGGAGCAGGCGCGCCGGGAGAUGGAGGCGCAGCACGCCGCGCUGGAGCCCCUCCUCAAGGCCUCGUCCAGUGACCUCUCCCUGCUCCCGCCCAAACUCUACCUGGGUGCCUCGGCGGGCCUCUCCCAGGCCGCCCUCUCCUCGCUCUCCUACGCCUCGCUGAAGAGGGCCGCCGCACUCAGGCCCGCCUCCUCCUCGCCCUCGCCCGCCGCGCCCUCCCCGGCCGCCAUCUUGGACUUCCACCUGGGCGUCCCGGUGGUGAAGAGGGAGGCGGGGAGCGGCGCGGGGGGAGGCGGAGGCGAGGGGGCCGCGGAGGCCGAUGGUCUGGCCAGCGGCAGGCCGGGAGCCGCGGCGCGGGGGUCCUGGCGGGAUCACUGGUGGAGCAGCAUGCAUCCCCCCGGAGGGUGGGCCAAGACGGAGGAGCCAAGGGACCCGGAGGAGAGCAAGGAGAGGCCGGCCCGUCCAGCCGGCCCCGCCCUCUCCUCCUCCUCCUCCUCCAUGGACUACUGGAAGGAGUGGCCGCGGGCCGACUCACCGUACUCCCACGCCGGGCCCGAGGCCACGGGCCCCCUGAGCCACGCCGACACGCCGCACGGCACCCCGUCCCCGCUGGGCCUGGGGGCCAGCCUGGGCGCCCUGGGGCCCCUGCUGCCCUCCGGCGGCUCGGCCAUGGCCACGGCGGCGGCGGCGGGGGCCAAGGCCCCGCGGCCGGCGGUGGCCCCCCUGAAGCCGGAGCAGUACGAGCUGUACAUGUACCAGGACGUGGACACGCAGGACCUCACCCAGCAGAUCAAGGACAAGCUGGCCAAGAACGGCAUCUGCCAGCGCGUCUUCGGGGAGAAGGUGCUGGGGCUGUCCCAGGGCAGCGUGAGUGACAUGCUGUCGCGUCCCAAGCCCUGGGCCAAGCUGACCCAGAAGGGCCGGGAGCCCUUCAUACGGAUGCAGCUGUGGCUCAACGGCGAGCUGGCGCAGAACGUCCUGCCACUGCAGGGCCUGGCCGUUACAUUGGAGAGCACCCCCAGGACGUCGGCCAGCUGCAGCCCGGCCCAGUCCCCCCUGAGCUCCGUGGAGGACUCAGUGAGGAGCCUGGGGGAGCCCCCCCCGGGGGUGGCUGCGUGCGACGGCGCCCCGCAGGAGGCCAGCGAGGCAGGGGAGGAGCGGUGUCCCGGCAGCCCCCCGCCUAUGCCCGGCCUGGCCUCGGGCCUCAGCGUCCAGGAAAUGGUGGCCAUGUCCACGGAGCUCGACACCUACGCCAUCACCAAGAAGGUCAAGGAGGUGCUGACGGACAACAACUUGGGCCAGCGUCUGUUUGGGGAGAGCAUCCUGGGUCUGACCCAGGGCUCUGUGUCUGACCUGCUGGCCCGGCCCAAGCCCUGGCACAAGCUGAGCCUGAAGGGCCGUGAGCCCUUCGUCCGCAUGCAGCUGUGGCUCAACGACCCGCACAGCGUGGACAAGCUGAUGGACAUGAAGCGCCUGGAGAAGAAAGCCUACCUGAAGCGACGGCACAGCCUGGUGACCGAGGGCCACGGCAGCACCGGGGAGCUGGGCUUUUCCCUGGGGGACUACAGCCCCCAGCCCCACCCCCACCAACAGCCCCACCAGCAGCAGCAGCAGCAGCCUCCAGGGGGACACCUCAAGAAGCCCCGUGUGGUGCUGGCCCCCGAGGAGAAGGAGGCCCUGAAGAGGGCCUACCAGGAGAAGCCCUACCCGUCCCCCAAGACCAUCGAGGAGCUGGCCUCGCAGCUGCACCUCAAGACCAGCACCGUCAUCAACUGGUUCCACAACUACAGGUCUCGGAUCCGCCGGGAGCUGUUCAUCGAGGAGAUCCAGGCGGCGGCGGCCGGCGAGAGCCGCAGGGCCGCCGGGGGGGAGAGCGACUACUGCGACGGCACCGAGUCAGAGGGCACGGCGGACAGCAGCCGCCUGGACCCCGCCCAGGAGGGGGGCCUGGACCCCGCCCAGGAGGGGGGCCUGGACCUCAGCCAGGAGGGGGGCCUGGACCUCAGCCACGAGGGGGGCCUGGACCUCAGCCAGGAGGGGGGCCUGGACCUCAGCAUGGAGACGGGAUGCGGGGCUCUGGACAGGAGCCAGGCCCCGCCGCGCGUCCCGGCCCCGCGCGGCGGGAACCCCAGAGAUAGCUCCCUGCGCAAGAGGAAGGCGGCCAACCUGAACAGCAUCAUCCACCGGCUGGAGAAGGCGGCCGGCAAGGACGACCUGCACGACUGGGAGUUCUGAAGCACUCAGGAACCUCUUUUAGCAAUAAGGCCAUGACGCAACACAGGAGAUGAUAUUUUUUAUAGUGCCCUGACACACGACGUUGGACCCUGGCACACCGGCGGCCAGCUUCUUCUUUGUUGGUACUUCUUUUGUAUCGUUGAAGAUGUGGUUACGUUGCUUGGCGGUGUAGGUGGUGGUUGUUGGGGGGGUGGGGAUGUUGCAUCGCAGCAUCUCUUAAAUGGACUGGUUUCCCCCCCCCCCCCCCCACACACACACACACACACACACAAAAAAGAAUUUGAAAAAAAAAGCACUUCCAGCAAAAGCGGCCCUUAAACGCCGGCGAGAGGUUUGAGUUAGAGACAAGCCCCGGUGUCGCCUCAUCAAGACUGUUUCACUCCACAGCAGAUCCACCUCAAAGGGAACAAUAGAUCAGAUAACCCAUGAGGACCGAGGUACACCCGUUCUCUCCCAGUGCACGGUGUCUGGGACGUCUCCAAGUAACUCACCUCUCUGGGCCCGUCACGGCCAUCUAAUGGCCUGGGACCACUCUUGAAGCUGUGGACUCCAUACAAGCUGUAUUUAUAGUAACCCAUGUACCGACUCCCCCCAAUCAUGACUCUCAACAGCCAUUUGGUUGCCACGAAGAGAUUGCACAGUCAGUUGACUCUAAACAAUAUUAGUUUUUGACUCAUACAUUUUUGAUAAAAAUGAAAAAGUGAAAAUACUAAUCAUUUGUUUUAAAGAAAUUGCUAUAUAUACAUGAGAAUCACACUUUGUUUCAAGCUAAACAUGAAAUGCAAUAGUUAAGUCAGGAAUUAGGCUACGAUCUUUUAAUAACAUACGUUUAGGUUUCCUUUGUUCCCAACAUAGAUUGUUUUGUUAUGUAACGCACAGCUUGUUGCUAGCUUUAACAACGCUGCCAGGGGCAGGACUAUUGGAGGACGGCAGUUUAUUUAAUACGCUUUGUUUUAAGGCCAAAAUCAGGUUGGAGUAGGAAAACCAGAGGAAAAAGGAAAAGAGAAUUGAGACAAGAAAGCCAAUACCCUUUCUAUAUGUUUUGAUGUUUGUCAAUUAAGAACUUUUAACAUAUUUAACUAUAACAAAAUGGACACACACAAACACGUGCGCACACAAACACAAACACACUUUCAAAACCUCGUAAUCUUGGCGGGCCGUGGGUCCAAUAGCCACAUGCAGCUCAUUGGUUGACCCCAAAGGCAAGAGGGCAUUUCAUUGGAUGAGAGACCCAGAGAUGCAUUGCCUUCUUCAUCAAACACUUCCUGUUUUGUUUUCCGUUUCUCAACUUCAGCUGUUACUUGGCUGUGUGUCUGUGAGACCUAGUAUCUCACACACCUGCACAAAGAGCGCCAAUAGCACACACACACACACACACACACACACACACACACACACACACACACACACACACACACACACACACACACACACACACACACACACACACACAUACACAUAUACACAUACACAGCUGCCCCGUACUGAUGCAAGUCACUAUUUGUAUGUCAUACCUGGUUCAGAGUGCCUGUCCACUGCCUAACCCCUUCACCUCUCUUUCACCUUUUGAUGUUAUGGGAAUGUCUGUGUUGGACAGUUCUUACCUGCACUUUUUCCUGUGCUUGUGUAUGUGUGUUUGUGUUAGUGGGUGAGUGAGACUUAUUAAUAUGCAUCCUGUGACCAAGCAGUCUUUUCAUAAUAACUCGACUAGACUGGGGUAUCCUCACUUGAACCGGUUACUGCCCACGCACACACACAGACACAGACACUCACACACACACACACACACACACACACACAAACACACACAUACACAUACACACCAGACAUACAUGGCUCAGAAACAGACUUGUACCAAGGAGUUGUUCGUUCUACUGGUAUAACAGAUUCACCGCUCAUUAGGUCCUUAAACCAUUUAUUUAAAAAAUGUGUAUGUUUUUUCUCAUCUUUUGUCCAUUCAAAUUAUUUAUAGGUGCUUUUUUUUUACAUUCUAAUAUCAAGUAUAUAUUUUUUGUGUUUUCUCAUUAUUUUCAUUAUUCCUAUUUUCAUUAUGUUGUUAUUGUUAUUCUCACGUAUGAAGGGACAGUAGAGGUGUUGUUACAUCGUUUGUUACAUUAUUGUUGUUUAACUAACAGACUGCCGGCAGUAUUGGGUCAUACUUACAUACACACAAGAUGUAGAUGUCGUUAAAUCCUAAAUAUACAGUAUAAAUAUAUAUAUAUAUGUGUAUGCAUAUAUAUAUAUAUAUAUAGAGGUAUAUAUAUGUAUACGUUUUUCAUGUUGGUUUUAAAGUGUAAUUUAGAGUAGUGUUUACAACUCUGCAUAGUGUGAGUUUAGUUCCUGGUCUCUGCAUGCUAUUCUUAUUAUUUCUUGUGUGACGCAGUGUUUCUCCACCCCAGACUCAACGCAUUGACCCCACAUGUCGGGCCCUCUCUUUAAGAAGGGUCCAGGUCAGUAAGGGGUAACCCAUCAUUUCACCUCAUCUCGCUCCGUGGGAUCACCUUAUCUUACACUCCUCACGACUGAUGUCACCGUGUUCCAUCUUUUACUCCGCAGAAGGGCUGUAGCACAGUUUUUUUGAAGGUUUAUCAAGAGGACGUCUCCCCCUCCCCAAAGUUCACCUCAAUCAGGACACUUACCUCCAAACCAACAGGGCUUAUUGCAAAACAUCAGCUUACUUUGCUUCAGCAUUGCAUUGGCCUCCGUACAGCUCUCCUGGUGACCCUGAAUCCCGCUAAAGCAUCGCCCCAACGCCCCCUAAACGUUACUCUUAUGUCCCGGUUGAGAACCGGGCCUCCUCAAGUGCCACGCUGCACACAAGGCCCGCUUAAAGCAGCCCUGUUCAGCUCAAUGAUUGGACUCUAAUGAAUUGAUGGAAGCACAAGGUCACACACACUCGGUCUCACUCGUUGAUUUAACACUCUAAAAUGACGCAUAGCACACAACUUAGUGGGAAAAUUGACAAAUAGUGCCUUUGUGAGCCCGGCUUGAGUUUUGACUUGAUUAAUAAUGAAUACUCAUAAAGUUCAGUUCAUUUGAAGUCACCAGUUCUUACAUUUUGUUGAAUAUUCUAUAAGGCUAUGAAUACAUGAUAAACAUUCAUGCAAAGCAUACAAACAUAAAAUGUAGCAUUUCCAUGUUCAUCCUGGCAGCGAUGCCAAUGCAUCUUGUUGCAUCGUAUCCGAGUCAUUCUCCCUUUACUUGUACCGCAUGUCUUUAAGUACAAGGAUAUACACGUGUUGAACACCAUUCUGAGCACCUGCGUUUGGUUGCCAUUAUCAAGUUUUUGGCAGCUGUCAUUUUUUGUUAAGAGCAGCACACUCCAAAGCUGAAAGAAGCUCCCACUCAUAGAUACCAAAGUAGCUUAUUGGAAAGUCCUCUACAGAGUGGCACCUCGUGGUGGGGUUACGAGCAGUAGGGGACCUGAUCUGAGUGACAUCCAAGAAGUCAGAGAGGACCAAAAACAGGUUGAAUUCUAGUGUUGUAUGUUUUCAUCAUACUCACAUGGUUUAAUAUCUUAGUUGCGAGGGCUGUAUGUUGUCAGCCAAACAAACCUUGACAAAGGAACUCACGUUAAGAUAAAGAAAAGUUUAGGAAUAAAGGGGGGGAGGUUUUAUUCAAAAAGUUGUUGGCAAAGCAGAACAUUUUGAGAGUUUGAUUCAGAAGAAUUCCCGCAUUGCAGAGAGUUUUUGUGGCAAAACAACACUGAUUGCAUGGUCUUGGCCAGUUUGUUUUCCUUUAUUUGCAAUGGUGUUGUUAAAGAAAAACAAGUCAAAGUGUCAUUGCAGAAUCUGCGAUUCUCUAGACACAUUUCAGGAAUUUGCCUUUUGCAAAUAUUUUUCUAUAGAGCUAAAUCAGAUUGCUAUUGUGAUUAUACACUGUCAUAAAAGUGUGCAGGUGAAAUAUCCUCAUGGAAGUACUUAAACAUUAGAUUGUUUUAUGAUAAUUAUAUUCAAAUAUUGUACUGUUUCAUUAUUCCACGUGUCCAAACAUACUUAGUUAAAAAUGAUAAAUUCCCCAAACCUCAUUUGCCUUUUAAUAUUUGACCUUGUAAUAAUACAGUUGUCGAAUAUUAUCGUCAGUCACAGUUGGCAAGAUGGCUUUCAGGAUGGUAUUCGUAACGUAUAGGUUAAUAAUAGAUGUGUCUGUAUUUACUCCACUCAUCAAUUUCACUUCCAUCUUUAAUUAAUUUUAAAGGACACAAUAAUAUUACCACAUAAAAAACUACACCUGCACAGUGCAAUUUUGUUUGACCUUUUUCACCGAAUUAUUAUUAUCUAAACUUUUUUUCUCCAGAGACAAAACAGAUUGAGGCAGAACCAAUCCAUGUCAUGAAUGCGCUUUGGGUUUAUAGUAAUAUUCUUCUAUUUAUUUCAUAACAUUAUGAAGUACAGGCUGCAGUGACUGGGCUGGUGUUGAUUAGUUCAAACAGCUCAACCAUCCUCAGCAUUCUGAAGACAUUCAACAUUUAGAUUCCCUGAUUAUUGAUUUAAUUUCAACGGAAUGUUUCGAUGCUGACGUUAAUUUUAGAUUUCCGAAUUUAUUCUUAGAAUUCUAGUUUCAAAAUCGUUUUAAACCCUUCUCUGUGGAACCAGGUCAAUGUUUGUGUUUUGUGUUUUAUUUUAUUUUGAAAAUAACAGAAAUUGUAUGGAGAAGCUAGCUACACCUGCACCUCACCAAUACUACUACUACUUAACCAGGAUUAUAAGCAUCCUUUAAGGUGUAUAUUUCAACUGCUAACAAAGAUUCUAUAUAUUUCUUUCAUAUAUUUUGAGCACAGUGGAAAGUGCCACGGGAUUCUAAUAUUGGACUAUUUUGUAUUGUAUAGGGUUGUAUUUUAUUAGUUAUUUUUGUUCUCAGGCAUCCAUCAACGAUUAAUUCAUAACGGAUAGUCAGUCACAUCUGUGUGCCGUCCAAGCCGAUUCCAACCUCAUGAUUGCUAAUGUCUGAACUCAUUCAUCACUUUUAAUGAUGGUUAUUUUUCAAAGUCUGUUACCAGAUACAAUUUAGGUAUUUUAACGGAAAUCUUUGACUACUUUUGGUUUGACCUAAUGUUGAUUCUCAUUCUUAUUUUAUAAAUUAGCUGGCUAAACGUUUUGUACCAAAUAUAUUGUAAGAUGUUAGCAUUAUGUUCCAUUCUCUAUUGAUUAGCAACUUUAUUGAUGGUCUCCUAAUCUUGGGCCUUUGCCACUAUUUUGGAAAACCAUAAUUGUAUAGUCAUCAGUUUUUCAUCAUUUUCUCAUCCAUAUUGUUUCCUGAUUCUUUCUGAUUACGUGUCCUUAUGUUUCUGACUAACGCGUUACAAAUGAAAGCCUGCUUCAACCAAAAAGUGUCUUAUCUAAUGCAAACCAUUACUAAUAUCAGAGGAUUAAAUCACCCUUUCACACACUUAUUUAAGAAAGAUUAGGUUUGAGGCAUUUGUUUUGGCAUUAUCUGUGUGUCUUUCCUUGUCCUGUUCCCUUGCAUUUUUAAGGACUUCAUUAUCUUUUGUUCUGUUAUUUAUUUUUAUUUUCUCAACUGACUGGCUCAACUCACUCAGUCUCAGCUGGUCUCAUGUUCGUCUUUUAAAGCUCAGGUGGGCAUAAACCAUUGUAUUGGGGGACAGACUGCCAAACUCUCUCUCGCUCUUUCUCUGUCUCUGAGUGAUGUUCAAAGAUGUUACUAGCUGGUCUAUUUUUUAUAUUCAGAGAUGGCUAGACCCCAAUCUGUUGUCAUUAACUGAAGCAAAUGUAACCGAUAGUCCUAUCACUUUUAAUGGUUAUGUAACUUUUCCAAAUGUCUCUUUCUACAAUGUAUUGAUACUCUGGUCCUUUUUUUGUCACGUUAACACUUUUUUUCCCAGCACUGUAUGACAGCUCCUAUACAAUAUUUGAAAAGCAAUAUCACUGUAUGAAAUUCACUAUGUGUUAUUGUUAUUACUAUUGUUAUUAUUCACUAGCACACUAGGUGUGAUUAUUGAAGUAAAUAUCUUUUAUAUAAACACAAA